AAAUUGACCUGACCACCCCUUCCCAUCGAAAAUUGGCGCACACAUCGUCUCGAUCGUAUGUGGGGAGGACCGAGCUAGGUUUUACGAUCGAAACACGCGUUUAUUCGUGUGUGAGGCCAAGUGGUAGAUAGACAUCAACGUGCCCAACGCUCUACAGAUUCCAACGUUUUGGUCCAAAAAUUCUUUACUGCAACUGCAAGUGUUAAAGUAGUUUGUCUCUUCACGCACGUGCCACAGCAAAGCGUCCACCGACGAGGCGAACAGUAAAAACUCAAAUAUGAGGUGCUCUAGGUUACAGCUGUUGCCGGUGCUAUUAGUUCUAGCAAUCCAACAGUGUGCGUGUCAACGCGAAGUGUUUCGACUCUUCUCCAACUGUCGCUAUGGAAAGCCCAACUUUGAUCCGUGCAUUAAAAAGGCAUUCAACGCACUGCGGCCAUGGUUUAAGACAGGUCUGCCCGAGUUUAACGUAGCACCGUUUGAUCCACAUCGGGCCGAAUUCAUCGAACAGCGGCGUGGAGAUCUAGGAGGUCUUGGAGGUUACCGGUUGCUGCUGACGAACGUGUCCGAGUAUGGUUGGAUGCAGUCGGAGGUGACCAAGUAUCGGACGGAGCCGAAACAUGAUCGCAUCGUUUACUCGCAAUUCUUCCCGGAGAAAUCGCUCGACGGCAGUUACGACUUCCAGUCGAAGAUUCUCGGUUUACCGCGCCAUACGCGAGGCAUCUGGAAUUUGACUCUGUACGAUUACAGUCAGACGACGACCGUCACACGGAUCGGUGGUCCCGGAGGACUACUGAAGGUGCGCGUCGAAAUCGACAAGAUCGGUAACAUGAAGCUGCACAUUUCGGAUCUGUUCCAUGGAGCUAAAAUUAUCGAAUCUAUUGCGGACUUCUUCAUCAACACAAUGUGGCAACCGAGCUUCCCGUUCAUUAAGCCACUUAUUAACGAUCUCGUCAGUGUCGCCUUUACGGACAUAUUCAACGAGUCCUUCCGAUACUUCCCACUCGAUCAGGUGAUACGUAGCUAGAAUCGGUGGGACAGACAACAGACGACAUUCACCGCCAUUUCGUCGAACUACGAAACCCAUGUGAUAAGCUUUAUCGUGUAAAUGUUUACUACUUUCUUUGGUAAUAAAAAAGGACUACGCUACGAGCGAGUACAUCGAAACCACAGUGGUCGUUAUGUGAGGUAUCUUCAACAUACAUACACGUAUAGUUUUGCUUUAUUGUCACAGUAUGUACAACACCUAGACGUUCACUAAGACGCGACGUGACGCGAGUUUGUUUGACGGUUGUAUUUCCGUGUUCGGGGUAGAUGAGUUUUUGAAACGUUACUGUUGAUAUCUGCGUUAUUAGUUGUACUGCUCAUUGGAACCUGAAACUAGUAUGCGGUGGACAUAUUGGUUAUCUGUUUAUUGUCAAUUGAACCUGAAUGUAAGUCGCAUCCCGAUCGUACUCUCCUUUGCGCUUUCGUGCGUAAUAAGUUACCGAUCGAUUAUAAUAUUACAAAUGACUUCCUGUCCCGAACUCGUAAAACUCUUUACUUUACAACGAAUGUCUAUAGCUUUCUUUCGAUAUCUGCCGCUUUAUCGUAUGGGUUGGUUUAGUGUGUAAAUCUACAACGUCACAUUAAUGUUCUCAACAUCGUACCACUUCG